AUGAACUUCUCUUUAAACAGUUGUAGUGCUAAGGUGGUCCAAAAAUUACUCGAAAAGCUAGAAGUUAAAAAGACGACUGCCUUGGACAAUCUAAUAGCGGCCGAUAUUCUCGCUCCAUCUCUGACAUUUCAGAGAAAGCUGACUGGGCCUCUCCUUUUCCUGAUAUUUAUUAAUGACUCGCCUAAUUGCCUGACCACGGCCAUACCGCGGAUGUACGCUGAUGAUACCAGCCAUUAUCUCUGGCACCAGUAGCUUACCUGAACUUGAAGGGACAAUUAAUGGAGAACUUGCUAACUUUCACAAAUGGCUAAUUGUUAAUAGGCUCACGUUAGAGACUUGCAAAUAACGUUGGUCAUUCACUUAACAUUCAUUUAGAAGAUCAAGUAAGUCCCUAAGAAUUCACAUUGAUCAUUGUCGUGGUCCAAACAUGUCAAUGAGAUGGCUAGAACUAUUUCCUCUGGUAUAGGCAGAUACAGCUAUUCUGCUUUAUAGAGCUCUUAUCGAACCGCAUUUCGUCUAUUGCUGCCCUGAGUGGGACGGUCUGAACAACGAAUUGGCCGAUAAAUUACAAAAACUACAAAAUCGUGCCAUUAGGGUAAUCACAAAGUCCGAUUACCGCUCUUGUGCUACCGCCCUCCUCAAAAAA